AUGGAGAAUAAACCAGCAGAUGCUCUCAGUCGUAAGGUUUCUCUUAUAAGUACUAUGAGUGUAGAAGUCACCGAAUUUGAAAGAUUGAAAGAAGACUAUUCGAUAUGUCCAGAUUUUAGGAAGGUAUAUGCUACACUUUCAGAAGACAAAUCCAGAAGUAAUGAAUUUGUUUUACAAGAUGGUUUUCUCUUCAAGAGUAAUAAACUUUGCGUUCCCCGCAUAUCAGUACGAGACUUUCUAGUUUUGGAGUUGCAUGCUGGUGGAGUAGCUGGUCAUUUUGGGAGAGACAAAACCAUUGCUCUUGUGGAAGACAGAUUUUAUUGGCCAAGUCUCAAACGUGAUGUUGCUAAGAUUGUGGAACGAUGUCGUACUUGUCAACUUGCGAAACAUGAAAGGCAAAAUACAGGUUUGUACACUCCAUUACUGGUACCCCAUGUUCCAUGGCAAGAUAUCAGCAUGGAUUUUGUAAUUGGGCUACCUACGACACUGAGGAAGCACGAUUCUAUCUUUGUGGUUGUGGACUAUUUCUCCAAAAUGGCCCAUUUCAUCCCUUACUCUAAGACAUUCGAUGCUUCUAAAGUGGCUAAACUUUUCAUGGAUGACGUGGUUCAUUUGCAUGGUGUGCCUAAGACUAUAGUAUCGGAUCGUGAUGUUCGAUUCAUGAGUUAUUUUUCAAAGACUUUAUGGCGCAUGAUGAGCUAA